GAGAUUGUCUUACCUUCUCCAGGUAAGAGGCCAGACGGUCAUUGAGGUUCUGCAUUGUGAUCUUCCCACCGUUGAUCCCAGUUAAGUCUGCCCCGGUGCUUAGAGAGCCAUUGGAGCUGAAGACAGAGGAGAUAGAAGAGGACCCAUUGGAGAUGCGCGUCCCGUAGCCGCCCGCUCCUCCAUACACGCUGGGUGCGCGUUUUUGAAAAGGCCCGCUGGGUGCGCGCUGCUGCAUCCAUCCUAUGGCAGAUGAACUGGAGCUGAAGCUCUGCUGGCUGACAGACACAGACAUGAUGUUACUAAGCUGCAGGAGGAGGAGAUGAGGGCCUGCAACAGGAGACUGCUCUGACACUGCUGUGGACAGCUGGAUGCUUUAUAAAAGGGGAGACAACAUCAGGGCCUGCAGCAUAACAAUCACAGGCAGUGCUGCUUUCAUUCCCUCUUUGCUAUAAAAGGGUUUACCCACCUGGCAGAUCUGCAGAAGCACCUCUCUUCUUCAGGGUGAACAUCACAUCUAAUCCUCACAGGCUCCAGAUAUGGCUGGGAAAAUAGUUUUGGUCUUUGCACUGUUGGCGGCCCUGCUGGUUUCCAACUGUGCAUCCUCCCCUGAAAGCUCUGCAGCCGUGGAGACAAAGGAAAGAAACGUCCUCCAGCAGCUUCUGGCCAAGAGGGAGAAAGUGCGGGAGUCAGCUCGGGCGGAGAGACGGGCGCACCUGUCUGAGGACGAGCGGGAGAUAAUGACCAAACAGAUCAUGCAAGCCAUCUCAGAGGUGAUGAAUUCUGACUGCAUGUCGGAUCGGGACUACCAGGGCUGGGUGGACUUCGGACGCAGGGAAGCAGCAGAGUGAGAGAGGCCAACCUGCUCGGCGUGCUUUUUUUUUGUUCAGACUGUACAGAAAAGUUGAAUUUAACCACUGAAAAUGUUUGAAUAAACUACUUUGCAGAAUGAA